CUUUCGUUGUACACAAUAAUAUUAGCGCCUCGGAGCUACCCGGCACAACGAAGCUAUACAUAUAUUAAAUAGUUUCUGAUGGAUAGGGACCGGUGCCAGCAAAACAAACUAGCGAUCGCUUCUUGUGUUCUUCGCUAAAAAUGUAUCGAUAUUUGAUGUAGGUUAGAUUGCUGAAAGUAACGACUUCGUACGUAUGUGUGGGGUGCCUGUUGACGCGUGUACUGUUCUGUACGUGUCUGUACGCGUAUUACAAGUACCGCUUUUCGUGUUUACGAGAGGAAUUGACGCAUGUUACGCUGUUGAUUUUCUGCGAACCGCGCUUGAAAAAUCGGUAGUCCAGCCACUUUCUGAGUUGUUCUCGUGUGGCUGUUGUUGAUCAUGAGUGCCUGUGAAAUAAGUAUGAACCAUCCAGUGUUUGACCGUGUACACCGCUUGGCGGUUGAGCUGCAGUCCAAUCAUAAUGAAGAAAAGUUCGAGCUUUGCGAAUCGAUAGCCGCCAUACUUAACAAUAUUUCACAAGAAGAAGAAGGCUUGCUGAGUGUUCCGGUUAGAGACGAAGAUGCCAUUUUAUUUCGGAAAACCCUGCGUGACAUAUUUCAGUCCAAGCUUUCGUGUGAGAUCCGACGAAAAGCACUCAAUCUUGCUGCGGCCCUUUUUCAGUGUUACGGCGCGUCAUGGCUGAACGACACCUCACCUGAUACCCAUAUCCUUAUCACGUUAAUGACAAAUCUGGCCGCCAUUGAGAUCCGAGUAGCGCUGGCGAAAAAGAAAAAUUUUCGAGAUGUUGAAGCUCAGGUUCCUACACCGAGUCUUUGCGCAUGGCUUAAAAUCGUCCACGGAUCGAUAAACAGAUUAGCGAAUGAUGACCCAGACACGCGCUGGGAGCCCGAAAAAAUCCUGUCACUGCAAAGGUGCUACAUGCAGACGUGUGGUGAGGUUACACACUUCGUUAACAGAGUCUUAGUGGACGAUGACAUUGAGGCGAAUACGGAUUUACGGGAAUUCGUUCACGCUGCUGUUAACACGAUCACUUGUUGGGCGCUUAACGAUUUCGAGACUUUGGAAGAUGUUGUUACGCCGUUCUUGGUAAAAGUGGCACCGAUCUGCCCUCGCCUACGGUGGGCUCAGCCUUGCCUCAAUAUUUUAGCUCGUCUUGAUCACGAAGCUACUAUUAACAGCUCCGAAGGAUCAAAACUGAUAUCACAGUUAUGGGAUGGAAAUGAAGAAUUGAUGCAAUUUUCAUUGCAAACGUUUUGUGCUGAGCUGCCAAAAAUGAAGGCUUCGCAGGACCAUCGUCUCAUCAAUACUGCGCACUUCCUUUUUUCUGAAUUCGACUCACUAAUCGUACCAAAUACAAGGAACGUUCAGGAAGCUAUUUCAAAAACGCUUGCGGAAUGGAUGAUUAAAAAAGCGCAAUUUAAGAUAUACGAUGCUCAAGCUUUAAUGCACCUUGCUUGUCUUAAUAUUAAACUCUCUCAGGUGAAUGUGGAGGAUUCUACACCAUUCCGCAUGGCGCUUGCGUGUUCGAUACAGGUACUAUGGGUGUUCUGUGGCUUCCAUAAGAACAAUAGGAGCAACAGGUUUAAGAUGCCUUCAAUCUACAAACAGCAGAGCGAUGAAGUCCAAUCCCUAUUAAUGGAAUCAUGGUGCGAAGCGACUCAAGUGCUAGCACAGAUGGUGCGCAAAAACCGGUUUAUUGCUCAAUUCCUUUACGAGCAUCGCAUAGUACACCGUGCAAUUACCGUUCCGUUGCUUGGUACGAUUGAAAUGCCUGAACCCAUGGAAUCGGUGCUGCAAGAAUUUCAUCAAGCUGUGGUGACCGCGUACCCCGAAGGAAAAGAAACCCUAGACCAAUUACAGGAGAACCUUCUAACAGGCGAAAGUUAUAAUGAAGUAUAGAGGUAAACGAAACAUAUAGCUCUUUUAAUUUGCUACUGAAGUCUGUCCCUCAACAAUAAGCAGGUAUGGCAACGCAAUUUAAGGCCAUCAUGCUUAUUAAAGCUGCGCCGACGUCUAUGCGCUGCUUCGUUCCAGAUCGUAUUUUAUAUGUAACUAAGACAAAUACAGUGAAUACAUAAGUGGCAUGUACCUAUCAAAGGCAUGUCGCUUGAUCCUCGCCGGUGUGAAUCUGCGAUUAUAUGCGAUUGUCAUGGCCCUACGUUAUCGGUGUGUGCCGUAGCGCUUUUGAGUUUAUGGGCUGAUUUUCAUAUGACGAUGAAGUAGAACAGCUAUCUAGAGAUAGCCUUAAAAAACGCAUGUAAGAUUGAAACACAUGAGUAAGGAGACUGGAAGGUGCUACAUGUUCUUUAUGAUAAAUGGAUCUGUAUGUAUGUUGUGAGAUGUAGCAGCGUCUCUGUGAAUAGAUAAUAAAUGACCAUCUUUUAAUUGGCCAUUCAGUACGCUAACGCAACUUUAAGAAUACACAAUAAGAAGUGGAAGACAAUAUACAAAUAUAAUUGAAAAUGUAUGCAUUGUUAUCAGACCUUAAUAGAGCAAGCAGGUUAAAAAUGCAAGGUGUUCAUUGAGUAUACUGAGCUUUUAAACCGUCGUUUUUCGUUAGUCUGGUUUUCCACUCGUGAAUAAAGACGACUUUCAUAUUGAGACAUUACACAAGAUUCAAGUGCAGUAUUGUCUGACAUCUUUCACUAACGUGCAAUGCAUUGCAUUGGAUUGAUAUUACUCAAUGAAUUCCUGAUGUAGGUUGUCAUGCUUUUAGCGUUGCUGAACAUUGCGUGAACGCGUUAUGUAUGUAUGUGUAUCUAUAUGCCUGUACAAUGAUGGAAGCGUCGCACAUUGUCCUUUCGAAGGCCGUCAAUGAUAUAGAUACAAUCAUUCGUUAGAAGUUAGCCAUAUAGAUCUAUAUAGACAUGAAAAGGAAUAGCUAAAGCAAAGUGCUACUAUCAAAUGCGACAGGAGGUGACGGUUUCAUCUGCAGUGGAAUCAAAUAUUAAUUAGUCGCGGUGCUUGUAGCCGUUUUGCUUAAUAAUUUCCGCCUGAAAUCUCUACAUGCUGUCGCGAUGUCAAUCUGCAGCAAUAUUGAAAGAAAAGCUUUUUUUUUCAGUUACUUAGGCAGGUUUGUCGAAUUUGCUGAACUUACCAGUACUCUAUCUCCACCAGCCGGCAUCCCCGCGUAACCAGAUGCGAUAGUAAAAUGAGAACUAAAAUACUUGUUUGGUAGCCAAUCGCAAGGAAGAGGUUAUUGGUAAAUAAACAUGUUUGGUAGUUCCGUGACCGAAAUUAUAUUGCUGUCUAUUUUAAGUUACCGCAGAAUAAGAUGGUAGUAACCGACACCACAGGAUUGUUCAUGGAAUGGCGAAUAAAGAACACACAAAUAGUUGAACAAAGACA